AUGGAAGUUCGCAGCCUGGAACCUGUAUUUAGUGCCGGAUAUGAAAAUGGCGAUUGCGCGCGAAAUCCAAAUCACUGGAAUUGGACGCUUUUGAACAAUGGUCAUGAUGUUAGAGGCCGAUACAGACAUGAAGCAGUAAUUACCGGUGAUGAAAUUUUAAUCAUCGGUGGUGGCACUUCCGAUUGGACUUCCUCAAUGGAUACGAGUCGCUUGAGUCAUGGUUGCGUGAAGUUUGGCGAUUCAGUAUAUAUUCAUGGUGGCUGCACGGAAAGGCGAUUAGUCAAUCGAACGGCUGUGCGACGCGAUUUGUUUGAUGACUUCUGGCAGCUAAACUUAAACUCAUGGUGUUGGCAAAGACGGCCUGUUAAUUUGCUCCAAAAAGUAUGUUUCCACGGCACCACUGUUACAUUGGUAAGCGUAUUUUUCACUCAUAUUCGUCUGUCUGCCCAUUUAACCAUAUAUCGCUUGUAA